UAGGUACCUGUCUUGUUCGACUUGAUUCCCCUGCUCAGGGGAAAACCUAAGCAACCACAUGACACCCCCACGCACUCCACGGCAUGGCGUAGCCUCUUCAUUGUCAUUCUCCAGUCAGACCAGCUCUUCCAGUAAUAUCUCGUGUUUGAAGAAUCCUGAGCGGCUCUGUUUGGUCUUGCUUGACUCUUCUACGACCUCAUUGGUCUGCCUUGAUGAAAAGAGCAUCGGAUAGUUAGCCAGUCAAGUCCCGUGCUUAGUCCUCCUUUUCCUUAUACCUACUAAGGUAGCAAGGUAGUCUCGUCGGCUUGAGCGAGGCAAACACCUAACCGUACACCUAGACGUACACCUUUUUGCUAACAAGAGACGAAUAUUAAGGUAUUUAAAUCGUACUUCCCCCUGCUACCGGGGAGGGUUCAUAUGUACUCCCAUAGUCCUCCCUCCCCCUUGCACUCUAAGUGCCCAAGCUUUCUUCUUUACUCUUAAAGAACCGUCUUAUCAUAUCCACCCUCUAUUAUAUAAAUCAAGGCGAUUCCCGCGUAUGUUGGGCUGCUUCCUACUUUCUUAGCAUCUUAGAAUCUUUGUGAUUUUCCCUACAACUUCGUCAACUUCGUCAUCUACUCCCUCUCACGUAACCUUACGUGUAUCUCUUCCUAAUCCUACCAUACAAGACACUUUACCAGAUCUGAUCGAACCGAUGACGGAAUCUCCAGUUCAGUCUUUGCCUCUGCCCGAUGGGGUCUACGUUCCUACCGUGGCUUUCUUUAAGGAAAAUGACGACAUAGACCUAGAAGCAACCCAGCGCCACGCUAUCCAUCUCGCCGAGGCUGGCGUUGCAGGUCUUGUCGUACAUGGGUCUAACGGAGAAGCCGUUCAUUUAAGUAGGGAGGAGCGUAGCCUCAUUAUUAAGACUACAAGAGCGGCACUAGACGAGGCAGACCACCACCUAAUGCCAAUUAUCGCAGGCUGUGGUGCGCAGUCUACUCGUGAGACAAUCCAGCUAUGCCGUGAUGCGGCUAAUGCUGGCGCCAACUAUGUCAUUUUACUUCCUCCCGCUUAUUACGGUGGGCUCCUCAACACAUCCAAGAUUGUUCAGUAUUUCUACGAUGUUGCCGACUCCAGUCCGAUUCCAGUCAUGAUCUACAACUACCCCGGGGCUUGUUCUGGUCUAGACCUCUCCUCCGACGCAAUCCUUCAAAUCGCCAAGCACUCCAACGUCCACGGUGUUAAACUUACAUGCGGAAACACAGGGAAGUUGGCUAGGGUUGUGGACGGGGCCAAACCCGGCUUCUUCGUCGCUGGAGGCAGCGCAGACUUCAUCCUGCAGGGCCUCGUCGUAGGUGGAAACGGGACGAUUGCUGGAACUGCCAACUUGGUACCUCGAGCCUGUGUUCGUAUCUGCGAGCUAUUUCACGCAGGUGAGUUAAAGGAAGCAAGACGGCUGCAAGCGAUCGUUGCCAAAGCAGACUGGAUCGCGAUCCAGACCGGGUUUGCUGGAGUGAAGGCUGCCUUGCAGCACUUUGAGGGAUACGGCGGGGAACCACGGAAGCCAUGUGGGCUGCCAAGCGGCGAGCAUAUGAACAUGAUUACAAAUGGAUUCGAGGAGGUAAUGGCCCUGGAGCGGAGCUUGGCCUAGAGGAAAAUCUGGGGAAUUAGGUUCUGCUGGGCAUCAUGGGGCUCAAUUGGGUUUUCACUACGGAGUGGGCCACGCGCUUGGCGUUUAUGAGAUUGAACGGCGUUACAUGGACGGAAUAGCGAAAAAACUAUGGAAUCUAAAGAACUUACCAGCUGUUCCUUGACCCCUGGUAUAGGACGAUUGUGUUAAAAAGCUCUUAAAAUGGGUAUCCGAGUAAAGAGUUACUAUCAGUUAUCGUCGAAAGGCUAG